AUGUCCGAGACCGCGCCGCCUGCGCCGGCCGCCUCCACGGCCCCCGAGAAGCCCGUGCCGGGCAAGAAGGCCAAGCGGCCCGCCAAGGUCACGGCCGCCGCCAAGAAGAAGCCCGCGGGCCCGUCUGUGUCCGAGCUGAUCGUGCAGGCCGUCUCCUCCUCCAAGGAGCGCAGCGGCGUGUCCCUGGCCGCGCUCAAGAAGGCGCUGGCGGCCGCCGGCUACGACGUGGAGAAGAACAACAGCCGCAUCAAGCUGGGCCUCAAGAGCCUGGUGAGCAAGGGCACCCUGGUGCAGACCAAGGGCACCGGCGCCUCGGGCUCCUUCAAGCUCAACAAGAAGGCGGCCUCCGGGGAGGCCAAGCCCAACCCCACGAAGGUGGUGAAAGCCAAGGUGACGGGCGUGUCUAAGAAGCCCAAAAAGGUCACAGCGGCUGUUAAGAAAGCCGUCAAGACCCCGAAAAAGGCCAAGAAGCCUGCUGUAACCAAGAAGCCCUCCAAGAGCCCCAAGAAGCCCAAGGUCGUGAAGCCGAAAGUCAAGAGCCCCGCCAAAGCCAAGGCUGUGAAGCCCACAGCGGCCAAGGCGAAGGUCACCAAGCCAAAGACCGCCGCCAAGCCCAAAAAGGCAGCGCCCAAGAAGAAGUAA